AUGUAUGAAUUUUGUGUCAUCAUCCUUAACUUUGUUGUCAACCACACAGGGCGCGGUACUGGUUACCGCCACCGUGUGCGGAGAUGGCCGACUUCGAAGCUGACCCAGCGGAGCUUCAAGUUGGUCACUCCAGCCCUGCAGCCGGACCAGAAGAUGGUGUUCGUCGUGGGAGCCUCCCACCUGCGGCCCAUGGUGGAUGGGAUCGUCGCCAUGCCAGAGGGACCUGUCUCUUUUGCUUUUCUGUCUGUUCCAGGUGCACAGGCAGCAGAGCUGAGGAAGGAGGUGUCCCACGCCACUCUCCCUUGGACCCCGGACGUGGUCUGCGUGAUGGCCCCCAGCAACAACCUGACAGCCAGCAGGAACAUCGGAGAGGCGUCGCUGGACUUCGGUGCUCUCCUGGCUACAGUCUGCAGCCGCUGGGCGAAGGUGUUUGUGCUGGAUUUCCCUCCACGCCUGAACAUCGAGCCUGGCCUGCAGGAGCUGUUUCGCCAGGAGUUCCGCCGUGUCGCAGCACGCAUGGGUCUCCCGUACGUGUCUGUGGCAGAGCACCUCCCUCUGGAUCGGUUGGAGCUGUGGAGCCGUGACAGUGUGCACCUCAGCGACAGCGAUGGGACGCCGAUCCUGGUCCAGGUCCUGUGGGACGCCGCGGUCCGCCAGCUGGCUCCUCCUCCUCCUCCUCCUCCUCUGCCUUCGGUGCCCCCCCGGACUUCGCCUCGUGCCAGGGUCUCCCCCGUGCUGGUCGUGACGGGACACAGGCCCGCGCCCUGUCACCGCGACCCACUGGAGUGGACCGUGGUCGGACAGGAGGGCAAGGCUCGAGCAUCUCCGGUGCAAGAGUCUGUCAUCCCGUCCAACCCCGUGUGGUUCAGCGGCAACAUGUUGGAGGCCAUGGAGACGGUUUUUCCUUCUUCAGACGACGAUGACGACACUGCCAUUCCACCAGCUGGCCAGGUGAACUGCCUGAAAAUUAUAUCAAUGAAGCAACCCUCACCUGCCGAUGAGAUUAUUGCUUUCUCUGAGCUAAUUAAUGAUCAGUCUUGUUCUUCAGAUAACUAAUGGUUCCCUGUG